AAAACCCUAACCCAAACCCUAACCCUAAAUUCUCCCGCCUCCUCCAAAACCCUCGUUUCAGUCCCGGCAAAGCCUCUCCCUCUGAUUCAACGCCAAAAUGGGCCGCGUCCGUACAAAAACAGUGAAGAAAUCUUCACGCCAAGUGAUCGAACGUUACUACUCUCGCAUGACCCUCGACUUCCACACCAACAAGAAGAUCCUGGAAGAGGUCGCCAUCAUCCCCUCGAAACGACUGCGUAACAAGAUCGCCGGGUUCUCUACCCACUUGAUGAAACGGAUCCAGAAGGGUCCGGUUCGGGGCAUCUCCUUGAAGCUUCAAGAGGAGGAGCGUGAACGGCACAUGGACUUCGUCCCAGAUGAGAGCGCCAUCAAAACUGAUCAUAUUGAGGUCGAUAAGGAGACCCUUGACAUGCUUGAAGCUCUUGGAAUGAAUGAGAUUCCUGGUCUUAGCCGGGUCGACCCGGUUUCAACACCGGCACUCGAGUUUGGACGUGCUGGUGAAGCUAGGAGGAGGUAUUAAAGAGUGUGGAAUUUAGUGGGUGUCUUUUUUUAUAUUAUUUUUUAAUGUUUUUGUUUUUAUCGAAUUUUUUGGUAAAAUUUUGAUUCAGAUUGAAGAUUUUAGUUUUGCUUUUUUGGAAAAAUUUGGUGUUAUGCUAAUCGAAUAGUUUCAUUUUUGUUUA